AUGGCAGAGGACUCCAGGGUCCCGAACGAUCCGAGUACACCCUCAUCGGAUGGUGCCUGCCACUUCCUCCGGCUGCCAGCAGAGCUAAGGAACGCUGUGUACUCCUAUGCGCUAUCAGACCCAGCUCAUUUGGUGUGCCGCGAAGAUGCUCACGACGGCCCUGGGUUAUUUCGCUUCUAUCCACCCGCUGUGACCGACAAAAAGCUUCCGCCCGUUGGUCGCAAUGACAUCAACCUCGCCCUCGUCACCAAGGAAGUCAUCGGAGGUCCUGUUACACUACAGGAGGUCAACCAACUCAAAUAUGUAUGCCGUCAGCUGAAAAACGAGACGAAGACCAUAAUCGUGGGUACCGACUUGCUCUUUGAGCGGGGGGCAUAUCAAUUCACCAAGUUCCUUGAUGUUCUCCCCACGCCGCUAUUCAACCACCUCGAGAGUGUCACGAUUUUAGAGAACCGACACUCAAACGGCAGCGUGUCAUUCCUUCAUUCAAAGCCGUGGCAAACCAUUGUCGACCUCUGCAGGCGAAACCCAACAUUCACGGUGCGAAUGCGACUUCCAUGGCUCAACGCAAACUUUCUUUUAAACUCACAUCCCGCUCUCAAGAUCGCAUUCUUCAUUCGGCUGGACUCAGAUUUCGUCCAAAAAGUCGCCUCUCUUACUUCUCCCACCAUCCUAAAUAACCUUGGGUGGACUAGGAAUUGUGCAUUCGUGGACUUCCCAAUAAAUAUCAGGAUUUCUCCAUUGGACGAAGAAUUUGACGAAGAAGCAUUCCGGGUCAUGCAUAGACAAUGGAUUCAUCGCACGCAAUUAGCACGGAUUGGUGUGGAGGCCUGGGUUGACUGGUAUAAAGACAUAUACAACAACGGCAUCUGAUGAGACGGAGCUUUUGUCAGCUGGUGGGGGUUUCAGUUUGGGGCACGAUGUAUAGAGUGCUUCAGAGUUUGAGGCAAACCCCCGCUCGAUAGGUGAUGACGAGUG